CUGGUCAGUCGCCAUCUUGACAAGCAUGGAGGACCGAUUCAGAGGGCCCUGAACAAAGGUUUCCGUCACGAACAGGCUAAACAUGUUAGUCACAAUGAUGUCGCCAGUGAACUGUGGGCAGCCACCACUAGAGUGCAGCAGUAAUGAGGACAGCAGCAGGAGCAGUGUAGAUGAAACAAACAACAAUGGUGGUGAUGUGGAGUUGACAAGUCUCAACUGGCUUCAAAGUCUUAAUAUAAUUCCUUCCCUUUUGCCCACACCACCUUCAUCACCUACACCAUCUCAAACUGUGAAGCCAGCUUCGCCACAAGCAUCAGUCCGGGUCAGACACAUGACCCAGGACUGGACGCAAGGCCGGCCUCUGAAACCAGGACAUAUCCUAGGGACCAUGCUGUCAGAACACAACUUGGAGGACUAUCGCAGCUCUGGGGACCAUAAGCCACCAUAUUCAUAUGCUGCACUAAUCUGUAUGGCCAUGGCAGCUAACAACAAUAAGAUGACAUUGUCUGCCAUCUACAAGUGGAUCCGAGACAACUUCCUAUAUUACCGUAACGCAGAUCCUAGCUGGCAGAAUUCAAUACGACACAAUUUGUCCCUGAACAAAUGCUUUGUAAAAGUUCCACGCUCCAAAGAUGAACCUGGAAAAGGAGGUUUCUGGCAAUUAGAUAUGGACCGGCUGGAAGAGGGACAGCGUAGCAAGAGACGAGGCAUCACACGUGUCACGUCCCGUCGAUGUCGGAAUCACUGUUCAAUCAAACGAGUACAGAAUACCUCAAGUACACCAUCCACCACACACGAACCAGUUACCAGCACAGCUCCAGUUAUCCAUCAAGCAUCACCUGAGCCACCAUCCAUUGUUAUUGAAGAUGAAGAGUUUGCAACAUUGUUACGUGACUACGAGGGAUGGGAUGAAAGGCAAAUGGAAUGUUUGAACGUGUAUCUAGACUUGCUAUAGUGAACUGAGACUGACUGCCAGUACUGCUACCUGCUUGUGGUUUGGGCCUCAGCAACUGCCUACAACUUAUAUCAGAAGCUACCACUAGGCUGGAAUUAGGGCUUUUUGUCCAACAUCCCCAUGAACUAUGCAUUUUCAUGGAAUCCCAAUAUUUGGUAUCAAAGCUAUUGAGGAGGAAGGCAACAGUCACAUCACAAAAGAAAUUACUUACUAAAUAGACAACAUGAUUUUAAUGCUGCAUAACAAAAAUCAUCUGAUCGUAAAAAUACAGAAGUAAAUUAUAUUAUUUGUCAAUUUUCAAUUCAUAAGGAACCCCGAAAAAGGUUUCACCAAUAUCCCAAAUGCAAACACAUACAAUUUUCUUAUAAUUAAAAUAACAAUUUGCGGAAGUAUAUCAAACUGCAAUUGUGUUGUAGAGAUAUAAAAAAAAAGUCUAAUAUUGAACAAAAGUAGGAAUUCAAAGUGAGAGCUUCACAGUUACAAAUAACCUAUGCAUUUAUGGUGACUACAAUCCAAGAAAGCAAUCAACAAGUUAUUUUAAAAACCCUCCAUAAUUGGUUAGUAUCACAGACAGAAAGUAUUACCAAAACUUACAUUCUGUUUCUGUGUGUGUAAGGAACUGAAAA